GGAGUUAUCAUUUCGAGUCGAGCGUUUAACGCGAGAACUUCUCUGAGUAUUUUAAUUUUUCCACUUUGUUAUUUACGUGCGUCGUAUAAAUAAUUGAAUAAAAUGUCGAGUGUCGGUUUAUAUCAACAUUAUCCCGCUCAACAACAACAACAGGCUUUCGAGCCCAAACCCAUGUCCAAGACCAUGCAGUACCGAAAAGUGAUGAAGCCACUACUGGAACGUAAAAGGCGCGCCAGGAUUAAUCGGUGUCUGGAUGAGUUAAAGGAUUUAAUGGUGUCCGCUUUGGCGAUGGAAGAAGAAAACGUCACCAAGCUAGAAAAAGCUGAUAUUCUGGAAAUUACAGUUGCCCAUCUACAAAAACUAAAACGCCAGAAGCAGCUUACUUCCAGUCCGGUUGUCGAGGCAGACAGAUUCCGUGCUGGAUACACCAGUUGCGCCAAAGAAGUGUCUAAAGUAUUGGCGUCCACUCCAGGAGUCGAUAUCCAUCUUGGUACCAAACUGAUGACCCAUUUAGGUUACCAGUUGAACGAUAUGGAUAGUUGCGGUAGCCAGCAAACGCCUUUGGUAGUCAAGGUGGGUCCUUCAAGCGCUUCUAGUGAGGAGUCCUACCAUCAUGGUCAUUACCAAAUGCCCAUGACCCCACCUUCAUCAAGGGGUAGUCCUUCACCUUUGAAUAUUAGUUGUGAAAGUAGUGAAAAAGUUUGGAGGCCCUGGUAAACAGCUCAUAAUUAAUUAUUUAAUGUUGCUGCAUAGCUUUAAUUCUUAAUGCUCAAUUUAAAUAACUAGAAGAAUUUCUUUUUUUAAACUAAUGUAUCAUUUGCUUUAAUUUUUUUUGCUUUAAACUUAAAAUUAUAUAAUUUCUUAUUGAAUGUGUCUUUUAAAGAUUUUUAUUGCUUUUGUUAAUGAUCUUUUUUUUUGUUAAACUGUGAUAGUAGCUACAAAUGUGUCUUAUAGAAAAGAGAACUGUAAAAUACUUUAUAAGUACAAAUUGUGUAAU